UGACCAAGACUAGAAGAAGAAUCCGAGCAUAUUUAGUUGUGUUUUUUGUUUGCAACGAGGAUAUUAGUCGUACAUCGAUAAAUUCACAUCUCGAUUCUUCAUCUUCACAAAUUUUCACAUCAAUUUAUGAAAACAAAGUAAAAGGAAUGGCGAAAUGUUAUUGCGCUUAUCGAUUUCUUCUCCUCGCCCUGGGGUUCGCGUUCAUCUACAUUCAGAUGCGGCUUUUGGCUACACAACCAGAAUAUCCUACUUAUCCUCUCGCUACUGCAGUGCCAGUGGCUGCUGUUGUGAUUAUGGCUUGCAAUCGUGCUGAUUAUCUUGAGAGGACCAUCAAUUCUAUCCUAAAACACCAACGCGCUGUUGCUUUACAGUAUCCCCUUUUUGUGUCCCAGGAUGGUACGGAUCAGAUUGUCAAAAAUAAGGCUUUAAGUUAUGAUCAGCUUACCUAUAUGCAGCAUUUAGAUGAUGAACCAGUGAAAACUGAAAGGCCUGGGGAGUUGAUUGCAUACUACAAGAUUGCUCGUCAUUACAAGUGGGCAUUGGAUCAAUUGUUUAAUAGGCAUAAUUUUAGUCGGGUUAUCAUACUUGAAGAUGAUAUGGAAAUCGCCCCAGAUUUUUUUGACUAUUUUGAGGCUGCAGCCGCACUCCUCGAGAGUGACAAGUCCAUUAUGGCUGUUUCCUCAUGGAAUGACAAUGGACAAAAGCAGUUUGUGCAGGAUCCUUAUGUACUUUAUCGCUCGGACUUUUUUCCUGGACUUGGCUGGAUGCUGUCUAAAUCUAUUUGGGAGGAACUAUCUCCGAAGUGGCCAAAGGCUUACUGGGAUGAUUGGUUGAGGUUAAAAGAGAAUCACAAAGGUCGCCAGUUUAUUCGACCAGAAGUGUGCAGAACAUAUAAUUUCGGCGAGCAUGGCUCUAGCUUUGGACAGUUCUUCAAACAAUAUCUUGAACCUAUUAAGCUGAAUGAUGUACAGGUUGAUUGGAAGUCUAUGGAUCUGAGCUACCUGAUGGAGGACAAGUAUGUGCUGCACUUUGCCAACAUGGUUAGGAGGGCACAACCUGUGUAUGGAGCUGAGGCUGUCCUGAAGGAAUAUAAUAUAGAUGGCGAUGUACGCAUUAUGUAUGAAGACCCGCCAGAUUUUGAACAAAUUGCACGCUCAUUUGGCAUUUUUGAAGAAUGGAAGGAUGGUGUGCCAAGGACAGCAUAUAAAGGAGUAGUAGUUUUCCGAUACCAAACCCGAAGACGUGUAUUCCUCGUUGGCCCAGAAUCUCUCCAACAGCUUGGCAUUGAACAUGCUUAAUACCGAACGAGAGAUUGAAAGAGAAUACAUUCUCCACCUUGGUUUUUGAAUGAGGCUCGUUUGAAAGAGAAAUGUUUUUGAAGAUCAAUGGCAACUCCCACUCCAAUUAUAAUAUCAAAUUCCAGACAUCUAGAUAAGUCUUCCAUUUUACAGUCAGUUUCUUGAUACAAGGUUCUGUAGCUAUAACCACAUAAAUGUAACAAAUGCCACAUCUUUGUAUACUAGUUGUUAUUCUUAUUGAGUGGCAAGAAAAAACAUUAAUAUUUGUUGUGUUCAACAUCUAUCUUCAGUUACAUUGUAGCUACAAGUGAAUAAUUCUUGUGAUAGUGAAUGAAUCCAAGGUGUGGUUUAUUCUC